GAACACUUGUAAAUCCGCCACGUGUUUCUCACCGGACCGGGUUUCAUUUCCGCCUAAACAUUGCCCUUGAUUUCCUCUAGGAGGUGAGAUGGACAGUUGAGUCAAAGGGGUUCUGACUUUAGAAGAGCCUGUUAUUUGUCACAAUGGGGCUUCUGCCUGCCGAGGCGAAAGUUUUGCCUCCUCCAGGGAUCGUCAACAGAAAUUCAGUGUGGUUCGGUCUGUGCGGCUGGGCGACCGCGAUGCUGCACAACAGUUUAAACCGCAGGCCUGCGCUCAAAGCCGGUCUUCACCGCCAAGCGCUGUUCAUAACUGUUGGAUGGUUCAUUGGCUAUCAUCUCACAAAGUUUGAGAAUUAUAAAUAUGCCACAUUGGACAGAGACAUGAGUGAGUACAUCCGGCUGCAUCCUGAGGAAUUUCCAGACAAAGCACUGAAGACAUUUGCUGAAAUCGUGGAGCCUUUUCAUCCAAUUCGUUGAAAGGAUGUAGUUGUCACGAGGAAUGUGAAGACAAUUGUUGCAAAUCUGGUUAAACAGACUUUACUGUUAAAAAUACUCUUAUAUUGAUUUAUUAAGUUGUGUCCUCAAUGUCAUUAAACUGUCUGAAAAAAAAAAAAAA